AUGAAGCAGCUGAGUGCAGGAUGCAGGCCACAGUUCAUCUGGCAAGGCUCGAACCUCACCGUGGGCGAAGCUGUUGAUGGAGGAUGUGAUCUAUUUCGCUGGCUGGGAAAUCAGUGGGCAGAUGUCUUUGCGGGCCUGGGCAGAGACGACGUGACCCUCGCGGAGAGCUUCGUAAAGGACUGCCAAUUGAAGUUCGAGUGCGCGGUGGACGCCAUCCAGAUGCUGGGUCAGCUGGUGCAGAGGGAUGCACAGUGGGCCAGCAAACUUGAGUUUCAGCAGAUUCCGAAGGUCAGCCAAGCGACGGACCGUGCUCUACGCAGCCUGCGGACCAAUGAGAAGUUCAAGAGGUGCGAGCCGGCGCAGGUGCUGAGCUGGGAGGCCGGCUCUUUCUUCCAAGCUCACCCUGAGCUCGUGCCCGCCAAUGCGUCGCAGGCGGUGCUCGUCGAGUCCAAGCCCAGUGUCCCUGGGGCGAUCCUCCAUUUUUGUGAAUUGGGUCAUGCGCCUGUGACGUUCGGGCCGAUCACGAUCUGCAAGAAGUGCGCUCGGUAG